AUGGCUCCAACCUUCACCAAGCCUGGCGGCUAUACCCGGACUGUCUCGACGGGUUCAUUUUUGGAGUCUUGCCGGAAAAUGUUCUCCAUCCCGAAAGGUCUCUGCGGCGACGAAAGCGAACGUUCUAUCAGUGAUGACGGGAUUUGGAAAGAAGUCGCAGUGCCCAGUCGCCUCUAUUCACGUCCCUCGCCAGAACGCCCGCUCGCGGGUGUUCAGGUCUGCUUGAAAGAUAUAUUCCACCUCAACGGAACAAAAACGACCAUGAUGAGUCGUGCAUAUACAGAACUGUACCUUCCUCAAGAGAAGACUGCCUCAUACGUUCAGAAGCUUAUUGACCAAGGAGCGAACAUUCCUACGGAUCAGUGGGUUGAUUUCCAUUGCCCCAUAAACCCCCGUGGCGACGAAUACCAGAGCCCGUCGGGAAGUUCCUCUGGUUCAGCUGCAGCAUUAGCAGGAUACUCGUGGCUAGAUUCUUCUGAGUCCAUGUUUGAACCAAAGACAUUGAUACUUGAAAACCCAGCUGCUGGGAGUAUUAGGGCACCUGCAACUUGCAAUGGGCUAUUCUCCAUCAGACCAUCUACUGAAUCAACGUCUAUGGAUGGUAUAGUUGUGAAUUCACCUCACUUCGAUGUUGUGGGAUUAUUCGGCCGCAGCUUGUCAGAUCUCCAUUAUAUUGCCUCUCAUACUUUGGAUCUCAGCGACAACUCUACGGCAUUUCCGUCAAAGAUCAUCUAUCCACUCGACUUUUUCCCCCACAGCAACCCCCAGCACCAAGCUAUGGUGGAUGAAUUUGUUGGGGUCCUCGAGAACUUUUCAGGCACUAAGCGGGAAAAGUGCCCUCCAUUGGAGGCGAACGGAAAGCCGCUGAAGCAGUAUCUGUCCAAGGUUGGUAUUCCAGUUAUUCACCAGUUUGAAGCGAUAGUGCGUUCUGGUCUAUGUGCUAUGACUACUAUCACGGAUUUGACGACUUCCGAUCGAAGUAUGAAUCUAAAUAUGAGAAACUCCCUUUUGAAGGCCCAGUUUUGCGUUAUAGAUGCUAACCUGUCAUAUGUUAAGGGAAUUGGCAAAGAAGUUACUCUGGAUGAGUACAAUGCAUACCGUGAAGAACUGAAAGUAUUCCAGAGAUGGUUUGACGAAAACAUCUUCUCACAAGAUCCAAAAACCCUGUCUGAGGCCAUUAUGAUUAUGCCAUAUGGCUCUGCUAACCCGAAGUACCGGGAUAUCGCUAAUGAGUCGUUCCCCAUUCCCUGA